AUGGAGCAACCUGAAGAAGUUCAAAUUCUCGACGAAAAAGAAGAAAAGGCUCGAAAAAAGAAGGAAAAGGAGAAAGAAAAGAAGAAGGAAAAGGCUAAAAAAGAUAAGGAAAAGGAAAAAGAAGGGGGUAAAGAUGGAAAAAAGAAGAAUAAGCAAGCUGAACUUAUCAAAGAAUUGUUAAGAAGAAAACAGGAGCAGGAAGAAGAAGAAAAGAGAGCUAGGGAAGAGGAAGAGAGACGACUUGCAGAACUUGAACGGCAGAAGGAGGAACAGGAGAAAUUAGCUCAACAGCGCAAGGAGGAGGCAAAACGUAGAAAAGAAGAAUUAAUCCAAAAGCAGAAACGUGAAGGAACUUUUUUGACAAAAAAGCAAAAACAAGCUGCUGCAAAGGCUAGACAGUUACUUGAAAGUCAAGGUCAUGUUGUCCCAGAGGUGAAUAGAGAUGAUGAGGAAAAACCAAAGAAGCCUAUUUUUGCUAGAAAACGAGGUGCUAAGAAGACGACUGAAGUUGUUGAGAAUGUAGAAGAACAACAAAGUGUUCCCGAGGAAGAAAAAGUUGUGGAAGAAAAGAGCGAAGAAAAAGAAGAUUUGGGUGACGAAGAAGAGGUUGUCGACGACUGGGAAACAAUUGUUGAUUCUGGUCGAGAAAUUAACAUUCCAGAUAAAUUAAAAGUAAUUAAAGAAGAAUUAAUUCCAAAACCUUCAACUAAACAACCAAAAAAUAUUCCUUCAACAACUUCUGAAUUAAAUCAAAAUUUGGAAGAAGAAAGUUCAGACUCAUCUUCUGAAGAUGAUGAAAGUUAUGCUUCUGAAUCUUCAAUUCCAACAAUUUCAAAAGAAACUAGAGAAGAACUUUUAGCUAAAAUUAGACUUCGUUUUGCUGAAAGAAGUAAAUUAGCAAAAGAAAAGAAGACUACGGAUAUUUUACGUUCUCCAAUUAUUUGUGUUUUGGGACAUGUCGAUACUGGAAAGACUAAAAUGCUUGACACGAUUCGUCGAACCAAUGUUCAAGAAGGGGAGGCUGGAGGGAUUACACAGCAAAUUGGUGCUACUCGGGUACCCGACUUGGCCAUUAAAGAACGGUGUAAAAUGCUCAAAAAUUUUUCCGGUGAUUCAAUGAAAAUUCCAGGAUUUUUGAUUAUUGAUACUCCUGGACACGAAAGCUUUGCAAAUAUGCGAUCUCGUGGCUCUUCUUUGUGUGAUUUUGCUAUUUUAGUUGUUGAUAUUAUGCAUGGCCUUGAACAACAAACAAUUGAAUCGUUAAAAUUGUUAAUUAAAAGAAAGACGCCUUUUGUUGUUGCGUUGAAUAAGGUUGACAGACUUUACAAAUAUGAAUCGAAUCCAAGAAAAGAUAUUUGGCAACAUAUGAAUACACAACCAACAAAUACACAAUUAGAAUUUAGAGAGCGUUUUAAUAAACUUAUUGGAGAAUUUUCUGAACAGGGAAUAAAUAUAGAAUUGGCAAAUAAAAACACAAAUUUUGAUGAAUAUAUAAGUGUUGUCCCAACUUCUGCUUUUUUGGGUGAUGGAAUUGGGAAUUUAAUGGCACACAUUGUAGACCAAUGUCAAAAUAGAUAUCUUGAAAAACUUGCUUUUUCUGAAGAGUUGGAUUGUAUUGUGAUGGAGGUUCGUUCUCUUCCUGGUUUGGGCACAACAAUUGAUGUUAUUUUAAUUAAUGGUACUUUGCAUGUUAACGAUAUUAUUGUUCUGACAGGAAGUGAUGGACCUAUUGCAACGCCUAUUAGGGACCUUUUAAUGCCUCAGCCUUUAAAAGAAAUACGUGUAAAAGCCGAUUAUGAGCAUUACAAAGAAAUUAAUGGCGCACAAGGAAUUAAAAUUUUGGCAAAAAAUUUAGAGAAAGUAAUUGCCGGUCUUCCUUUAUUUGUUGCACAUCGUGAAGAUGAACUUGAAGUUUUAAAAAUGGAUGCUGAAGAUCAAUUAAAAAAUGCUCUUAUGGCAAUAAAAAAGAAACCCGAAGGAGUUUAUGUUCAAGCGAGUACUUUAGGGUCUUUAGAAGCGCUUUUGGAGUUUUUGAAAGCACAAAAAAUUCCGUAUUCAAAUGUAAAUAUUGGACCAGUCCAUAAAAGAGAUGUACAAAAAGCAGCAGCAAUGCUUGAACAUAAUUCUGAAUUUGCCUGUAUUCUCGCUUUUGAUGUUCCAGUGGAUCGAGAGGUUCAAUUGUUGGCAGAUAAAGAAGGAGUGAGAAUAUUCCAAGCAAAUAUUAUUUAUCAUUUGGAAGAAAGCUUUUUGAAUUAUAGGAAAGAAUUAGCUCUUAAACGACGUAAAGAAAAUGAACAUUUGGCUAUUUUUCCUUAUAAAUUACGUGUUUUACCACAACAUAUUUUUAAUGCAAGAAAUCCAAUUGUUUGUGGCGUUUCUGUGGAUGCUGGGCAAUUAAAGAAAGGAACUCCUGUUACUGCUAAAACUAAAGAAGGGCCUGUAUUCCUUGGAACAAUUUCUUCAAUAGAAAAAAAUCAUGAACAAGUAGAUAUAGCUAAAGCUGGUGAUGAAGUUUGUAUAAAGAUAGAGAACACAACAGGAGAUGCACCAAAGCUUUAUGGAAGACAUUUUACUCAUGAAGAUAUUCUUAUUAGCAAGAUAACUCGAGAAUCUAUUGAUGUUUGUAAAACAUAUUUUCGUGAUGACUUGACAAAGGCUGAUUGGCAAUUAGUUAUUGAACUAAAAAGAAUGCUAGAAAUUUUAUAA